GCCAGCACGAGGCAUCUUUACAAUGGAACACUCGUUUUCAGCAAAUCGGUAAAUGUAAGCGUGAAUUCUCCGGUUAGUCCUUUCUGCUGCCCUUUCUCCACCUUUCGGCCCUACCCCUGCGAGUCGAUAACGCGAUCCGUCAACCCCACGGAGCCCCAGAACCCCACCCCGCUCUCCAUUCCCGCGCAGGGAUUGUCUCGCGGGAGCCUUUUUCGCGACCAGGAGCAAGCUUUUAGGCGUUGGCCUGAGCCGACGAAUGAAUGUCGCAAAAACCGCGAAAGCUACAGCGCGUCUCCAAGGCCUGCGACUUCUGCAAUCGCCGCAGCAUCAAGUGUGUCAAGGGUGAAGACCCACUAGGCCGAUGCCAGAACUGCGCAGACUUCGAUGUCCCAUGCACCUACGAUCGCCCUGCUAAAAGGCGAGGCGUCAGAGCCGGGGCCAAGGUGAAUGUACGGGAGACGCCCGUUCUAGGAGUGUCGGGAGACUCGCCUCCGAUCGGUCGAAUUCCUGCGCCACAUAGGGCCUCUGGAUCAUCUGCGGCUAGGAACUCCGUGUAUCAGGAGACGGCGUCCCGGCCAUCUUUGACAGGGGAUCCUUGGACCUCUUUUAACACGGGGUGGUCGACGACCGAGGGAUACGAUGACGACGGUGCCCUCCAUAACUCAUGGAAAGCCUUCGCUAUCGCCAGUGAUCAGCAGAUCAGGAACCUUGUCCAGGUGUACUUUGAGAUUGUCUAUCCUAUAUUCCCUCUCUUUCAUAAGCAGUCCUUUAUCGAGAGAAUUAAUAAUCACGAGCACCUCAGAAACCCAGGGUUAUUCGCCUCCACUAUGGCGGUAUGUGCAUUGGUUUCAGGGCGGGCGCGCGACGGCGCUUUAUACUCGACUCGAUGGCACCGCGAAGAGCUCCUCGAGCCCCCGUCAGAGGCCUUUUACACAGCUGCCAAGGAUUCGUUCCCAAAGGAUCUGGCACUCGCAAGAGGCUUUGAUUAUAUGCGAGCGUGUGCAAUACUCGCAAUUGCUAGUAUCCAAAAUGGCCAAAUCAAGAACUUGCAAAAGUAUUCUGGCAUAUAUUACACUUUGACGACUAUGGAGGGACUUCACGAUGAGAAGCUUUGGCCGAAGGAUAUCGGGCCUAUUGAGACCGAGGAGCGGCGGAGAUUGUUCUGGUCAAUCUACACCUUGGAUAUCUACGCGAGCAUUGUAUGGGGAGGCAUCAUCCGAUACCGCGAAGCUCAUUCUCUAGUACGCUAUCCUAGCGAGGUGGACGAUGAAUUCAUUACACCUUAUGGCUACGGCCUACCUUCGGUAUCGCCAGAGUCUAGUACACUCAGCCAUGGCGAUAGUCCGAUUGUGUCUCGGCAACCAGUAUCAUGGAUGCACGGCUGGAAUUUCACGACUGAUCUAUAUCGAAUGCUCGAGCACGUGGUGGAUGGCACUCGACGCCGAUUUUCUUCCGCUAACGGUACCACCGAAGUAUGGCCUCUAUUUGGCCCGGUAUUCAUGUCAGAGCCGACUGUCAUGGAGCGAGUUCUUUCGAUGUAUAAUGCUUUACCGCCGCAAUUUCGUGAGACCCCGCCAAUAACUGGGGACAUGAGCAAGGAUCUGUUUGGCUUCCAGUCUGCCAAUAUUCAGGCGACUCUGCAGCUUCUCCGAAUGGUUCUGUUAUCUGCGGAGGAGAUCGGGGUCGAUCGGAAGUGCGAUGUGGCUGGCGAGCUGCUAAGCGUAUUCUCCAACGUUCCGAUCGAGUAUUUGAAGGCCAUUAGUUCACCGUUGCUUCAUCACCUUGGGGGGAUUGGGUACAUCCUUGGUUCAGUCAUGGAGGGAAGUCUGUCCUACACCUCCUAUCAGAGGAUACGGACAUUACUACUGGAAUUGGCAGACCUCCUCCACCGUCUGGAGACAGGCCUCCACCGCUCAGCAGGUGCCAGCCAACGCCUACGCUCCCAGGUUGACCGAAUCGACGGGUACAUGCGUACAUCCCAGCUAGCCAAUUUCUCAGUACCGCCAGCGCCUCCCAAUGGCGCUUCCUCUGUACAGGUAAAUACCAAGCCGGAAGCAAUGGUACAACAGACCGUUUAUUCUCAAUCCGAUCCAACUCCGGUGGGCGCAGGUGUGGGGGAUGAUUUGAUGGAGUUCCAGUUGCCACCGGAGCUCCUAACAAAUUGGCCAUGGCCGCUUGAUAAUUCUCAUUCAGAGGGGUUUCUACCUUUGGCAUUUGAAAUGUGAGGGAUGAAUAUUCAGUGUGUUGCCAUUGAUCCAAUGUGCAAAUAAUGAGGACGCGGGUUUGUUUAUCGGGUAGUUGAGAUUGUAGUGUAAUAUAGCUCCAUUGCGAGUUUCUGGACUCUGUCCAUUUCAGUUAGCAGUUGAGGAUCAGGACCGGAAUCAUGAAUGCCCAAACAAUCGAAUUGAACUAUCAAGCUAA